UCCGGCUUGCUGUAGUUGCCGGGUGUUGGAGGUCGGACAUUCCCAUGUAACAUCCACUGCGAAAUGCUAUACAAGCGCCGAAAAGAGUGUGAUUAACGUGAAAUUACAGAGACAUGUGGCCCACACUGGUCUCUGAAUGACAUUUACUCCCGAGCUGAACAGUCGUUCGUUAACAAGAAGAGCGUAGAAAACACGGAGGACCUCCAAAAACUGUCCGUCCGUUUUGUCCUACAAAGGAGAGUUUGACAGGACUUCAGUGCGCGGGCCUGCUGCUAGAGGAGGACGCUAUCCAGAGGACUUCAUGAGACAAUAAACACUGUCCUUUCUGUUGAAGGAAGCAAGAGAAAACAUGAGGAAGGACGUGAGGAUACUGCUUGUGGGGGAACCCAAGGUGGGGAAGACAUCGCUGAUCAUGUCUCUGGUCAGUGAGGAGUUUCCUGAUGAGGUUCCCCUUCGAGCUGAGGAGAUCACCAUCCCAGCUGAUGUCACCCCAGAGAGGGUGCCCACACACAUUGUGGACUAUUCAGAGGCAGAACAGACAGAAGAGCAGCUGUUCCAAGAAAUAUCAAAGGCCAAUGUUAUCUGCAUAGUUUACGCUGUCAACAACAAGAAGUCCAUUGAAAAGGUGACAAGCCACUGGAUCCCUCUCAUAAAUGACAGAACAGACAAGGAUAGCAGAGUACCACUGAUCCUAGUGGGGAACAAGUCGGACCUGGUGGAACACAGCAGCAUGGAGACCAUCCUGCCAAUCAUGAAUCAAUACCAGGACAUCGAGACAUGUGUAGAGUGCUCUGCUAAAAACCUGAAGAACAUUUCGGAGCUGUUCUACUACGCCCAGAAGGCUGUGCUCCACCCGACGGGACCCCUGUACUGCCCGGAGGAGAAGGAGUUGAAGCCUUCCUGCAUCAAGUCUUUAACUAGAAUCUUUAAAGUGUCUGACCUGGACAACGACGGCAUCCUCAAUGACAAUGAGCUCAACUUCUUCCAGAGAACGUGUUUCAAUACACCGCUGGCGCCUCAGGCUUUAGAGGAUGUGAAGAAUGUGGUCAGGAGAAACAUGACGGAUGGAGUCAACGACGACGGACUUACACUCAAAGGCUUCCUGUUCCUCCACACCCUCUUCAUCCAGCGAGGCCGACACGAGACCACCUGGACGGUGCUGAGGAGGUUUGGAUAUGACGACGACCUGGAGCUCACACAGGAAUACCUGUUCCCCAUGGUAAAGAUCCCCCCGGACUGCACCACAGAGCUCAAUCACAACGCUUACCUCUUCCUCCAGAGUGUCUUCGACAAACAUGACAAAGACAAAGAUUGUGCGCUGUCACCAGAGGAGGUGAAGGACUUGUUCAAAGUGUUUCCCUACAUGCCCUGGGGCCCGGAUGUCAACCACACGGUGGGCACUAACGAACAGGGAUGGAUCACAUACCAGGGAUACCUCUCCCAGUGGACGCAAUACUUCAUAGAUAGCAAGACGCCCUGCGUGAUGCUCGCCGCCAAGUCUGACCUGCACGAAGUACGGCAGCACUACAGCCUCUCACCGCACGAGUUCUGCCGCAAGCACAAGCUCCACCCCCCCCAGCCGUUCACAUGCAGCACCAUCGAGGCCCCCAGCAAAGACAUCUACACCAGACUCACCACCAUGGCCAUGUAUCCCCACGCCCGUCUGCGCUGCAUGUGUGCCUGCAACAGGUGCUCCUAUUGCCUGUGUCAGAACCUCCUCAAGUUGGAGCUGCUGCGCAGUAUAAAAGCCCAGCUGUGCAGGGUCGUGUUCAACAGGCACAUGGCUCAGGCUGAUCUGAAGAACUCCACCUUCUGGCUGAGAGCGAGCGUGGGGGCCACGGUGUUCGCGGUGCUGGGCUUCGCCAUGUACAGAGCACUGCUCAAACAGCGGUGAUGGGACAGCGUGACACUUCCAUCCCCCCCCGGCCCCUUCUGGUGACUCUGCCCCCUCCCCUCCUACCUGAAAGACUCAAAAACACUGGCUGACUAACCCACCCUCAACUCCGCCUCAUCCCCUUCCCACAAUGCAACACAAGCAAGAAACAAAUGAGCGAAAUCAUAGUUACAUUUUAUAUGCAUUAAAAAAAAUGAAGUGUGGUGUAGUUUUUCUGUUUAAAGUUGUGGGAAAAGGAGCAGGCAUACUUUUGAAAUCAUUCAAUCUGUAAAUGCUGACAUGUUGUCUAGUAUAGUCCGACUCUACUAAACACUGGAUGUUUUCAGCUGAUCCAGUCCUCUUUUUAUUUCUCAGGUCAGUAUUAUUCAUUAGUUAGAUGGUUGGAGACCAGAGAGAGGCAGCCAUAUACAGCAACACCACAAAGGGACUUGAACCUGUUAAUAAAUAUAGUGUAUAUGCCGCAUUUUAUGCAUGUAGGACUUUUAGAAUUGGACCCAUAGACCGCACAACAAGCUCCUACAGGUGUUAGCGAUGCAUCUAACACUAGAGAGGUCAUGAUUGGCAUGCACUUGUUUAUUUUGUGUGUUUAUUUAUUAACCUGUUUCUUUGUUUUUCUUGUCUGUUUUGAGUGCACCGCAUGAAACAGAAGGAUUUACAUUUUCCUUGUAUUUUUGUAUUUAGUUUUAUCAAAGCAGUCCUUACGUAUUGUUUUUUUCUGAUUUUAUUUUUCUGGUUUUCAAAUAGAGUUUCGUCCCUCAUGGUAUAUUUUUAUGAAGUUAGAAGCACCAUAUAUCAACAGAUUAUGCCAUUAACAACAGCCAUUCAGUGCACCUCUCCCACCUUUAAACUAUUAAAAAGUGUUCAUUCUCAUUCUUCUCUUUUCCAGCAUUUACAAUAAAAAAUGGUAUGAUCUGGCCCAGCCAUGUGUUGUAAGGGUUAAAUGACAGCAACAUUUAAGAGCAAUGAGGACAAACAAAAUUGGUUUUAAAUAUCUGUAAUAAAUGACAUUUACACCCUCUGAA